AUGGCUACCGAGCAGUGGUUCGUGGAGCCGCUCCCCCCGGGCCCUGGGGAAACACCGCCCCCGGGCGACUUGGAACCUGGGGCGCAGCCCUGCGGAGACACCUCCUGGUCGGCGUCCCCUGGCGGGCCUGGGAACCCCCCGGAGGCAGAACCGGAGGAUGUCCAGGGGCAGCUGCCGGAGGCCUCUACGGCUACUCCUUCCCCGGAGCCCCUGGCCCCCGGCCCAGGCCCCGCCCCUCCUCGCCUACCCUUGGACACCAUGUUCAGCCCCAUCACCGAACAGCUCCGCUACCUGCUCAAGAAGGCAGAUGAUUUCCAGAGCUACUUGCUUUACAGCAGGGACCGAGUACAGAAGGAACAGCUGGCAAAGGCCAUGCCCACCUUCUUACAGAUGUGUGAGCCCUACUUUCUCUACCUGGAGGCAGCUGCACGGAGUGUGCCCCCCAUCUAUGGAGCCCUGCAGGAGCUGGUCCGAAAGGGGCUGUUGGAGAUCUCCCAACAGCUGACCCUGCGCCUGGAACAGCUGGUCCUCAUGUAUGCCUCCUUUGGGUUUGUGGACCUGGAGGAUACGGACCCCCUAAGCAUCUCUUGUUUCUUCUGCGGGAGGUUCUCCAUCAGCCCUUCUCACGAGGUGUCCAUCUUCAGAUACUGUGCCCCAGCCGCAUACACCGCCAGCCGCUUCCCCAGAUACCUCUACAAGAAGAUGCGUUGGAACCUGGAAGCCACCCCAGAGCCCAGCAGCGGGGGACAAGAUUCCCAUGUGGAUUACUACUUCCUGUGCUAUCGGGAUACAUGGGAAGACACAGGCAAGAGUCCGGCCAAUUCGUGCCCCCAGAUCCAGAAGCUGUGGUCCAUUGGCCGGUGGGUGCCGCUUGGACCUCCCGACGAUGACCUUUAUUCAUGGAUUUUGUGCCCGCAGCCGCCUGGGGACUACCAGCAGCUGCUGACCAUCGGCUUUGAGGAGCCCUCGCACAUGUUGGCCACCGACCUGCUGGUGCAGAUCCUCACGGGCCAGGCAGGCCCGGCCCGGCCCCCGAGUGCGACCGGGCCCGCGGCGUGGGCCGCGCAGGGGUCUUGA